AUAAACAAAUAUUUUUCUUGGUGCAAGCUCAGACAUUUUUCCCAUCUCAACCUACUGUAGAACAUGCAUCUCAUUCAGACGCUAGUCUUGGUUGUCGUAUGUUUCCAGUCUGAUGUAUUUGCUGCAUGGGAAUGGGAAGCUCUUGGUUGCUUCAAAGACAGCCCCAUGCGAACAAUGCCUCACUACUUUGGCACAGUUCCUUAUGAUCCUAGUAAGCCGGAUUACAAACUGAUGUUUGAGACGUGCAGGGUAAAAGCAGAAAAACUAGGCUAUACUUAUUUUGGGGUCCAAUUCAUGAGAGAGUGCUGGGGGUCAGAGAAUGCAAGGGAAACGUACGAUGAUCAAGGAUGUGAUGACCGCUGUAGGAAAGACGAAGACGGGUAUGGUGGUGGUGGGAAAUGGUCAAACUACGUUUAUCGAGUGAAAGAAGAUUGGACAGAAUGUUUCAACGAUGUAUGCUUACAAUACAAAAUCGCUCUAAAGAGACUCUAUGGUACAGAGUGUCCGGAAUACAACAAAAAAGUUUACGUGAACAAAGAAAUAUCUCGACCUUGUGAAAACAAUGAUAAAUGUGUUGGUAUAUGGUGGUUGGAGUGAUUAUUCUGAUUGGUCCGAAUGCACCACGUCCUGUGGUGGUGGUGGGACUAGACAGCGCACACGUAGUUGUACGAACCCACCUCCUAAAAAUGGUGGAAAAGAUUGUGAAGGACCAAGCAUGGAAACGGAGGCUUGUGGCGAAGAACCUUGUCCAGUUGAUGGUGGUUGGAGUGAAUACUCAGAGUGGUCAGAAUGUAGUGCUACGUGUGGCGGUGGAAUAAAGGAAAGGACCCGUACCUGCACCAACCCUGCUCCAGAACACGGAGGGAAAGAAUGCGAAGGAGACGCCAAGGAAACAGAAGAUUGUAACAGYGAKGCUUGCCCAGUUGAUGGUGGUUGGAGUGAAUACUCAGAGUGGUCAGAAUGUAGUGCCACAUGCGGCGGUGGAACGAGAGAACGAACCCGUACCUGCACCAACCCUGCCCCAGCUAACGUCGAUGGAGGCUGGAGCGACUUCUCUGAUUGGUCCAAAUGCAGUAAAGCCUGCGGAGGUGGAACAAAGGAAAGGACCCGUACCUGCACCAACCCUGCUCCAGCUAACGGCGGGAAAGAAUGUGAAGGAGAUGCCAAGGAAACAGAAGCUUGCAACAGUCAGCCCUGCGGAGUUGAUGGCGGAUGGAGUGACUUCACUGACUGGUCAGAGUGUACUACAUCCUGUGGCGGCGGAACAAARUCGAGAACUCGUACCUGCACCAACCCUGCUCCUGCACAUGGCGGGGAAGCAUGCAAAGGGGAAAGCAGGGAAACAGAACCAUGUAACAGUCAGCCCUGUCCAGUAAAUGGUGGUUGGAGUGACUUCAMUGACUGGUCAGAGUGUAGCAAAUCCUGCGGUGGUGGGCGAAGAGAGAGAACUCGUACCUGCACGAACCCUGCGCCAGCAUACGGUGGAAAGGAUUGCGGAGCAGACAACAAGGAAACAGAAGAGUGUAACAGUCAGCCUUGUCCAGUUGAUGGUGGUUGGAGUGACUUCACUGACUGGUCAGAGUGUACCAAACCCUGCGGUGGUGGGACAAGAGAGAGAACUCGUUCCUGCACSAACCCUGCUCCAGCACACGGUGGGAAAGAAUGCCAUGGCGCAAACAAGGAAACCAAGCCAUGCAACAGCAAGCCUUGUUCAGUUGAUGGUGGUUGGAGUGAAUAUUCAGAAUGGUCAGAAUGUAGUGCUUCAUGUGGCGGUGGAGCRAGAGAACGAACUCGUACCUGCACUAACCCUGCUCCAGGAUACGGUGGGAAAGAAUGUGAAGGAGACGCCAAGGAAACAGAAGCUUGUAACAGCGACGCUUGCCCAGUUGAUGGUGGUUGGAGUGAAUACUCAGARUGGUCAGAAUGUAGUGCUACGUGUGGCGGCGGAACAAAGGAAAGAACUCGUACCUGCACCAACCCUGCCCCAGAACACGGUGGGAAAGAAUGUGAAGGAGACGCCAAGGAAACAGAAGCUUGUAACAUGCUUAUGCAAGAUAAUUUUGAAGAGGGACCGAUCCAUUAUGUUAAUAACCUUUUCUUUAUAUUUCUUGAAGCUCCUGUAGGUCUUCCUAACAGAGGAGAGUACAUGGAAUGGAGUAGCUGCACCAGAACAUGUGGCGGUGGAUUGCAAUGGCGCAUAUGUGCUCUCAAACCUUCCGAACACGAGCACGUAGAGGAAUGCCAGAAAUGUAAAAUAGGUUACGUAGAGGUCCGUUCCUGUAGCCUUCAACCAUGUGAACCCAAACCUUGUAAGAGGCCAAGUCUUGGUAAUGGUCGGUGGGUGUGGAUUGAAGAUAAAGGGGACAGCAGUGCUUUGAAAAGCGUUUUCUCCAAAUAG